AUGUUGGAGGAUGAUCUUCAGCUCAGCAGCGAUGAAGACGACAGCAUCACACAGUCUGCUUCAAGGGUCACCAAGGGCAGCUCUGGGGAUCGGCAGCAGCGUAUUCAUAGUGGGAGGGCAAGGCGGUCCAACAGCAGCUCCUCGGGCUCCAGCUCCGCCUCCCCCAGCUCUGGCUCCGCCUCCUCCAGCGACUCCGACAGCAGCACCCAACGCUCACGCAGCCCCAGCCCGGAGGCUCACUCCAGCCCCGAGCCUCCUACCACCACACUGCCCCAGUACAGCUGCAGGACAGAAGAGACAGAGCACUCCUCGUCUGCGCAGUGGCACCUGGACAAGUGGCUGAAGAGGGACGACGGGAGGCGUGCGUCCAGCAGCCAGGAGUUAGGCUCAGAGGCAGAGCCGCCCUGCAACCUAAGCUUGGAGAGCUGCCAGUCUCCUGGAGGGUCCCAGUGGGGUGACCACAGCCCACCUACCACCUCUCUUUGCCAAAGUCAGGAAGUGCAGAGGCGUGGAUGGGUCAGAGAAUCUGAUGACGAGGGAGAGAAGAAGGAGAAGAGGAGGAAGGAGAAGGGGAAGCGAAGGGAGAAGCUAUCUGAAUCGCUGGCUUUGCAGCCCAAACAGAGGCCACACUCCAGCAGCCAGAGUCAUCAGGAGAGUCAAUCUACAGACUUUGGAAAAAAGAAGAAGAAAAAGAGGAAGACUAAGGAAUCAAAGACUCAUAUCAUAGAUGCAAAGCCCUCCCCUUCCCCCUCACCACCCCCUAAGCCUGUCAUCUUCUCCACAGACUCCUCCUCAGAGUCGGACCACGAGGCCAAACCGCCCCGGACGCCUAGCCAGAGUCCUAGCCAAAGCCCUAGUCCUAUCUCUCAAAGGCCCAAAGCCAAGUUUUGGGAGAGGGAAAGCAAGGUGGAUGGCCAAAAGAAGGAGCUGGUCACUGAGAGGAAGGAGGGAAGAGGGAGGGCAGAGGAAGUGCAGAGGUAUCGACAGAUCAAGGAGUCUGAUGAUGAGGAGAAGAGGAAGGAGAAGAGGAGGAAGGAGAAGGGGAAGGGAAGGGAGAAGCCAUCUGAAUUGCUGGCUUUGCAGCUCAAGCAGAGGCCAUACUCCAACAGCCAGAAGCAUCAGGUGGAGAGUCGGACCGCCAACCGUGAAAAGAAGAAGAGCAAGACUAAGGAAUCAAAGACUAGUAUCAUAGAUGCAAAGCCCUCCCCUUCCCCCUCACCACCCCCUAAACCUGUCAUCCCCUCCACAGACUCCUCCUCAGAGUCGGACGAUGACCCGAAACCACGCUCCACUGUUGCCAAAGCCUUGGCAGACUCCACCUCCAGCCUCGACCCCAGGGGUCAGCAGAAGCGAGCAGGGAGGCCCCCUUCGGCCCGGCCCAGCUCAGACGCCCCCAGCGGGCAAGCUAAGGAGACCCGAGCAGAGGAGCAGCAGAGGCAGGGCCGCUAUAAACUCUACACCCUAGUCCCAUUCGGCCGCAGCAGGGUGUUCCCUCACCUCGCUGCCUCGUCCUCUUCCCUGUUCGCCCGGGCACGCAGCCUCAGGUCUCUCCUGGUGAGAGUCGAAUGUGGCCCCGCCCCCAAUGAGCCCGUCGUCGCCUCCCUCCCUCGUGACCGGUCCUCAUCUUCCUCGUCUUCCUUCUCCCCCUCGCCUGUGAAGGCCCGAAAGCGAGGAGUCGUGAAGAGCCCGGGCUCCCCUGAGUCGGAGAAGAAGAGGAAGCGCAAGUCUGAGAAUGGAGAUCUGAACAAGGAGAGUAAAAGGAACCACGCCCCCGCCAAGCCCCCACUGAGUCGGGCCACAUCAUUCGACAAGAGACCCCUGGAGGCUUGCUCUGAGGCCAGACCAAAUGGACAUAAGGAGGAUCAUCCGGGUAGUGAAAAGCGGGUCAGGCUACCCACGUCCCCUGUGUCAGACCCAGCAGAGCAUCCCAAAAAGGGCGUGACACCCCAGCCCCCCAGCAGGAUGAGAGAAGGAAACACAUCUGCACAGAACAGACAGACUGAGGUACAGAGGACACACCAGAAGGGUCUUCCCCAGCUUGCAUGUGACUCCCGGGGUAGCCCCCCGAACCAGGCCCUCUGCCAGAGAGUGACACCGCCCAAGCGUGAUGCGGGACAUGAGGUGGAGCAUUACCUGUAUGAGGCACGGAGGCUGAAACGCCGUGCAGACACCAUGGCAGACAUGUUUGGGAAGGCGCUGACCUACGUGGACGCGGCGCUGUCCUACAUGGAGUGUGGGAGGGCCAUAGAGGAGGGGCCAGAGGGUGCCAAAUCUCCCUACAGCAUGUACGCUGAGACAGUGGAGCUCAUCAAGUAUGCCAUGAGGCUGAAAAGCAGUGGAGGCUCCAGGGUUGGUCAGCAGGAGAAACAGCUGGAUGUGCUGAGUUUCCGCUGUCUGGCUCUUCUGCACUGGCGGAUGUUCAGGCUGAAGAAGGACCAGACCAUCAGGCAGUCCAAGGCUCUGCAGGACUACUUCAAGACCAGCCCCAGUUUGCCCCUGACCCCACCUCCCUGGACCGCCUGGGGAAAGAGCACAGGGGCUCCCUCCUUCACGUCCCCCCCGUCUCCCCCUCUCGGCUCGUCCUCUGUGCUAAUCAGCAUUCCCAACCGCAUCCACCAGAUGGCAGUAGACCACCUCGACGUCAUGAACAGCGCGCUCAACAGCUUUGAGUAUUGGGAGGUGGCUGACAACCUGGCCAAGGAGAACAAAGAGUUCUUUAGCUACCUCAGCACCCGGCUGGGGCCACUGUCCCUCAACAGCAGCAUGCCACACAUUGUGCAGUACACCAGACAGGCCCUGCAGUGGAUCAGAAGCAGCGCCCACCUCUCCUAAUGGCAAGCCCCUCCCUGAGGCCCCCGUUUGUCUCCUGCCCCCUGAGAGCCCCCGAGA